AUGGGCCCCCGUACCGACUCCUCAUGCUGCUGCCAGGCCCGUAAUCUGUCAUGGGCCCCUGUACCGCCUCCCCAUGCUGCUGCCAGGCCCGUAAUCUGUCAUGGGCCCCUGUACCGCCUCCUCAUGCUGCUGCCAGGGUCCAGAGUGUGUCAUGGGUCCCUGUACAGCCUCCCAUUGCUGCUGUCUCUAUCGCCACACUCUGCCAUGUGCCACUUUCAGGUCUCCUCACACUGCUGGUGGUUUCCAUUUUUGUCAUAGGGUGCUGUAUGGCCUCCCAUUGCUGCUGCCUCCACCGCCACACUGUGGCUCCACACUCUGGUUUUGGCCCCGUGACUGCCCAAAUGAGUGAAGUUUGCGGUGAUUCUAAGAUCGACGGCACUCAUCUGCAUGUCAUACUGACUGACAGUAUUAUUUCUUUUCCCCAGCAGACUCCAAGGGCAUUUUAAAUUAAAGGUACAGUGUUCUGCACUAAUAUUA